GUGUGGGGGGGCGUCAGUGCACACCAGCACCAACCCGCUUGGCAGCUGUAUUCCUUGGCUGUGAUUGGGCGGAGGGCGGUGAUUCCUUCUGUCACGAUUUGGGUCGCUCCCACCGGAGGACACCGACCGUCUGAGUCCAGCCUUUACCGAAGAGACGGUGCACACCGGGAGGGGAGAGAUACGCAUGAAGGUUUCGUCUCAGGAGCUGGACUGAUAACUGGGGAUUUUGUCCUCCUGCCUGUGUCGGUGAGGAGAGGAGAGGAGAGGAGAGGAGAGAGGGGGGAUCUUCAGUGCUGGAGCGACCAGUCGCUUUUCUUCUAUUGGGGUCUGCGGUAAAAGUCGUUCACGAUGCCGGUGUUUCACACCAAGACCAUCGAGAGUAUCCUGGAGCCGGUGGCCCAGCAGAUCUCCCACCUGGUCAUCAUGCACGAGGAGGGGGAGGUGGACGGUAAAGCCAUCCCAGAUCUGACGGUGCCGGUGGCCGCGGUGCAGGCGGCAGUCAGCAACCUUGUGCGGGUGGGGAAGGAGACAGUUCAAACCACCGAGGACCAGGUGAUGAAGAGAGACAUGCCUCCUGCGUUUAUCAAGGUGGAGAAUUCGAGCUCUAAGCUCGUCCAGGCGGCUCAGAUGCUAAAGGCAGAUCCAUACUCUGUGCCUGCACGGGAUUACCUGAUCGAUGGAUCCAGAGGGAUACUGUCCGGAACGUCGGACCUGCUCCUUACCUUUGACGAGGCCGAGGUGCGUAAGAUAAUACGUGUGUGUAAAGGUAUCCUAGAGUAUCUGGCAGUAGCUGAGGUGGUGGAGACCAUGGAGGACCUCAUCACUUACACCAAGAACCUGGGACCAGGGAUGACCAAAAUGUCAAAGAUGAUUGAGGAGAGGCAGCAGGAGCUGACGCACCAAGAGCACAGACAGAUGCUAAUCAACUCCAUGAACACUGUCAAAGAGCUGCUGCCUGUUCUUAUAUCAGCUAUAAAGAUUUUUGUGGCAACCAAGAGCAGUCGAGGAGCCGGCGUGGAGGAGGCGGAGAGGAACAGAAGGUUCACGUUUGAAAAGAUGAGCGCUGAAAUCAGCGAAAUCAUAAGAGUCUUACAGCUCACCACAUGGGAUGAAGACGCCUGGGCUAAUAAGAAGGAUAUGGAGGCUUUGAAGAGAUCUCUGGCUUUGAUUGAGUCAAAGAUGGCACAAGCUAAAACCUGGCUCAAAGACCCCCAUGGACAGCCAGGAGACCCCGGUGAGGUCGCCCUGCGUGUGAUACUGGAUGAAGCUGGUAAAGUUGGAGAGCUGUGUGCUGGGAAGGAGAGAAAAGACAUACUGGCAACUGCUAAAGCUCUGGGACAAAUGACUGACCAGAUCGCGGAUCUACGAGCCAGAGGCCAGGGCCCGACCCCAGGGUGUGUGCAGCGUGCAGGCCAGUGCUCACAGGGCUUAGACUUGUUAUUUGGCAAGGUGGAUGGUGCUGCUCGCAGACUGGAGGCUCUAAUCAAUGCCAAGCAGGCCAUUGCCAGAAGGCUGGAUGCUGCACAGGCCUGGCUUGCUGAUCCUAACGGCGGUCCUGAGGGUGAAGAAAACAUCAGAGCACUACUAGCAGAGGCCAAACGCAUCGCAGAUCUAUGUGAAGACCCCAGAGAGAGGGAUGACAUCCUGCGCUCCAUCAGUGAGAUCGCAGGCCUCACUGCUAGACUUAUGGAGCUACGCAGACAGCUCAAACUGAAUCAUAAUGUCACCAAAGGCUGGCAUAUGUUUCCUGCCUGGAAAAUGUGUUGUUGCCUGUCAACCCUGGGCAUCAGUCCUACAAUAAGGGGUAAAGGUGACAGCCCGGAGGCCCGUGCACUGGCAAAGCAGAUUGGGGCAGCGCUGCUGACCCUGCAGUCCAAAACCAACCGAGCCGUAGCCAACAUGAGACCAGCUAAACCUGCCGUCACUCUGGAGGGCAAGAUGGAGCAGGCCCUGCGCUGGGUGAACAACCCCGGAGUGGACGACAGAGGAGUAGAGUGUGAGAUACUACAGUGGAACACAGGUCAGGCAGCAAUCAGAGGAAUGGUUGGAGAGGGGAAGAGGCUGGCAGGAGGCCUGUUAGGCCCGUACCGUCAGGAUAUGAUCGGACGCUGCGAUCGAACGGAGGCUCUAAUGACAUCUUUGGCAGACAUGGCCAGCAGGGGCGAGGCUGAGGCUCCUCAUGCACGGGCUACAGCCGCACAACUGCAGGACAGCCUCAAGGACCUGAGGCAGCACAUGCAGGAGGUGAUGACCCAAGAAGUAUCUGAUGUUUUCAGUGACACCACCACCCCUAUCAAACUGCUGGCUGUGGCUGCAACUGCUCCCCCCGAUGCCCCCAACAGGGGAGAGGUUUUUGAAGAGCGUGCAGGGAACUUCGAGACCCACGCCGGUCGGUUGGGAUCGACUGCAGAGAAGGCUGCUGCCGUGGGAACAGGCAAUAAGAGCACAGUAGAAGGCAUACACGCUGCUGUGAAACAUGCCAGAGAGCUCACGCCACAGGUGACCUCUGCUGCUCGGAUCUUGUUGAAGAAUCCUGGGAAUAAAGCAGCAUAUGAGCAUUUUGACACGAUGAAGAACCAGUGGAUUGACAAUGUGGAGAAACUCACUGGCCUGGUGGAUGAGGCCAUCGACACCAAAUCUCUGUUAGAUGCCUCUGAGGAGGCUAUAAAGAAAGACAUUGAUAAGUGCCGUGUUGCCAUGGCGAAUGUUCAGCCCCAAAUGCUUGUUGCCGGGGCAACAAGCAUAGCAAGACGAGCUAAUCGGGUCCUGUUGGUGGCUAAGAGAGAAGUGGAGAACUCUGAAGAUCCGCGUUUCAGAGACACGGUGAAACACGCGUCAGACAUCCUCUCACACACCAUCUCACCCAUGGUGAUGGAUGCUAAGGCGGUGGCUGGGAACAUACAAGAUAAGGCUUUGCAAAAGGCCUACUUGGACUCGUGUCUGAGGAUCCUGGCUGCAGUCGGAAAAGUUAGAGAAGCCUUCCAACCCCAAGAGCCCGACUUCCCUCCUCCACCACCUGACCUGGACCAGCUCCAUGUUAGUGAUGAGCAGGCACCACCCAAGCCCCCAUUGCCAGAGGGCGAAGUGCCUCCACCACGGCCCCCUCCUCCUGAGGAGAAAGAUGAAGAGUUCCCAGAGCAGAAGGCUGGAGAGGUGCUCAGUGAGCCCAUGAUGGUGGCCGCCAGGCAGCUGCACGAUGAGGCACGCAAGUGGUCAAGCAAGCCCCAGCCCCCUUGCCCCACCCAGCCUGAGGAUGAGGAGGCAGUAGAGGAGAGGGAGGUAGAUGAUGAAGAUGAGUUUACUGAUGGUGAGGAUGACUAUGAGCCAGAACUGCUGAUGAUGCCCUCCAACCAGCCUGUCAAUCAACCCAUUCUGGCAGCUGCCCAGUCUCUCCACCAGGAGGCGCGCAAGUGGUCCAGCAAGGGUAACGACAUCAUUGCAGCAGCCAAGCGGAUGGCUCUGCUAAUGGCAGAAAUGUCUCGGCUGGUGCGUGGUGGAAGUGGGAACAAACGAGCCCUGAUUCAGUGCGCAAAGGACAUUGCCAAGGCCUCGGAUGAGGUGACAAGACUGGCUAAAGAAGUGGCCAAGCAGUGCACCGACAGACGCAUCAGAACUAAUCUGCUACAGGUGUGUGAACGAAUCCCCACCAUCAGCACUCAGCUGAAGAUCCUCUCUACUGUUAAAGCCACCAUGCUGGGACGGACAAACAUUAGUGAAGAGGAGUCAGAGCAGGCCACAGAGAUGUUGGUCCAUAAUGCCCAGAAUCUGAUGCAGUCAGUGAAGGAGACUGUCAGAGAGGCAGAAGCAGCCUCCAUCAAGAUCCGCACAGAUGCAGGAUUCACCCUUCGCUGGGUGCGCAAGACCCCCUGGUACCAAUAAACAAACCUGGUAACCGAAACUAGCAACAUUGUUAACUUGGCACCGAUCGCACACACCUUGAGUAAAAGUAGCAAUGUGUCUAAUCAUGAUGAGUAAACAUGUGCACUUUCUCAGGGAGGAGACUACAGGUGAUUUUGAUCCAUCCUCUGCUGUAGUUUGGGUGUGUCUAGCAGGAAGCAUUAGAUAAGCAGGUUUCAUUUAUUGGAGUGAGUUAAGCUUUGCUCUCCAGUUCCCUUUAUCUGUAUGUGUGGAAUCACGCAGGCUAAUCGGAGACAGUUUUUAAUAUAUAUUUUUGGUAUGUUGUGUUACAAGAGUUUAUCCAAAUCCCAGGUAUAUAUUUUUUGCAUGAGAAUUUUUUCUAUUUUCUAAAGGCAAAUGAUGACAAUAAGAUACGUGUCUCCUAGAGGAUAUUUACUUUUAAUUCAGUUCUUUUUCAGUGGGAGUUUCUUAAUGUCUAUUGUAUAUACAGUAAUUAUUUGUUUUAUGGACAACACUCAGAUAUGAGCUUUAUACACUGACACUAAAGUGUGGAGUCUUGUGUGGGCCGAUGAGCUCUCUCUUCAUGUUUACUUUUAGUUAUAACGAUGUUCUUCACUGAAGAUCUAUGAAUUCAAAGAUGAUACAUCAUCGCCGCUGUCUGGUGAUGUUUAUACUUGAAGAACUAAACGGUCUUCUGGAUUAAAAGUGUUAGGACUUAUAGGUAAAUGGUACAGUUUUCAAAAGUGAUUGUAUAAUUUGAAAAAUUGUUGAUUGCAGGAAGGUUGACUCGUAAUAGAUAAGAUUGACUGUUGCGGUAUGAGUGACAGUAAGUCAGAGUGAGAUGUUUUUAAUGUGUGUUUUUGAAUUCUUUGCUGGACUUUAUUUAACUUUCACAGUGAACAAUGCCAAAGGAUUUGUUUUACAUUACUGUAUGCUUCAUGAAGUUCACUUAAAAUCCAGGUUAUCACAAAACAACAGAUUAUUUUCUUUAGAGACCCUGAAAUACUUUUUAAGUACUGUUAUUAUAUAUUUGUUUUUUGUUUCUGCUUUUUUUUUUUUUUUUUUUUUUACUAAUUGUAGUGCUUUGUUUCUGCACUAUCUCUGUAACAGUUGAACUGUUUGGAUUUUUCUUUUCAAAACCGAUCAAAACCAAUGACAUUAGACCGCCUUCAACCUAUUUUUAGACUUUUCUCCAUGUGUGAGCUCAGUAGUCCCACUGAAUGCUCUGACACAUAAUUUUAACUCAGAUUUUCUAAACAACCCCGGUGGUUUGAGAACAAAAACAACCUUUUAAUGAUAUUAAUCAUUGAUGCCAGUCUGGCAGGAUUUUUUUUUUUUUUUUAGGUUUAGAGAAUUUUUGUUUGGAAGAAUUACACAGCAGUUUAACGAUUCAUGAUUGGUAACUUAAUAUUAUAUGCAAUCAGAUCAGUGAAUGCAUAUUUUCAUUCCUAAAACAACCUUUCAGGCAUAUUUUUACAAUGGCUGGGCAAAUUAAACUGUUAAAUGGAGAAUUUGUUUGUGUAUGUGUGAAGCCUCUUCACUUGAACAGUAUUAGAGAGCUCUUUAAACAGCAGCACAGAAUGUUAACUGCAUUUUCAUCUUUUUUGGGCCUACUGAGCAUGUAGCAGUCACUGACCCCCUCACUGAGAGCGACAGGGUGUUCUUCUGUGUGUACUUGAUGUGUUCAUUUACACCCUGAAUGUAUUCUGAUAGCUUCUAGCCCUGCCAACACAUCUGCUGUGCCUUGGAAGAAUAAAAGACUAUAAUGAC